AAACGCAGCGCUGAGGCCGUGAAGGGUGUGCGCAAGUACGAGCGGAGGGUGAAGGAGCUCACCUACCAGUCUGAGGAAGACAGGAAGAAUAUCCUCAGGCUGCAGGAUCUGGUGGACAAGUUACAAAUGAAGGUGAAAUCCUACAAGAGACAAGCUGAGGAGGCUGAGGAGCUGUCCAAUGUCAACCUCUCCAAGUUCCGCAAGAUCCAGCCCGAGCUUGAGGAAGCUGAGGAGAGAGCUGACAUUGCAGAGUCACAGGUCAACAAGCUCCGAGUGAAGAGCCGUGAGUUUCACAGCAAGAAGAUAGCAGAGGAAGAGUGA